AUGGGGCCUCGCAGAGCUGUGGAUGUAGUAACUGGAGUUCCACCAACUAACUUGCAAGAGCAAUAUGAGGACUUAGCUGCUCAGCAGCUAGAUCUUAGAGAGGAAAUGGCUCAGAAACAGCAGGAGCUUCGUGAAGACAUGGAUAGGCAACAUGCUGAGUUGCUUCAGAUGGUAAGUUCUCUUAAAAGCUCCUUUGAUGGUUGGCAAUUGAAUCAACAAUCGAAGGACAAUGCAUCUACGUCGACUGGUAGGGAUAAAGGACUUCAAUCAGGGCAGGGUAUUCUAGGUCCUAAUCCCUACUGUGCUAAUUCUAGUCGAAAUCAUAACCUACUGUUUCCGCGUUUUAAUGGAGAAAACUUGAAAAAUUGGCUACAUAGGAUCGAGCAAUACUAUUCUGUGGAUAAGACUCCUCUUAACCAAAGAGUGAGUUUAGUAGCAAUGAAUUUAGAUGAUGAAGCGUUGGUGUGGCAUCAAUCUUAUAUGAAAUGUCGUGAUUCACUUGAUGUACCAGAUUGGGAUGAAUAUCUAGCUGCUUUGAUUGAAACAUUUAGUGAGGACUUUUCAGAUCCGAUGCUGGAGCUCAAGCAGUUAAGACAAACAGGAUCAGUGAGAAAAUUUCAAUUUGCUUUUGCUCGACUGUUAGCUCAAUGUGACUUAUCUGUUAACCAGGCUAUAUCUUGCUUCUUAGGAGGACUGAAAGAGGAAUUAGUGAAUCCGGCUAAGGUGUCUUCUACCAUUGCUGUGCCCAGUCCAAAAUUAGCUUUACCUGCUCCUCGAGCACCAGCUGUACCCAGGACUAGAAGGACUAUAUCUCCUGCUGAAAUGCAGGCCAGAGGGCACAAGGACUAUGAAGACUCAGGGACUCAGAAAACAGAAGAUGAAGCUACUACUGAAGAGUGGUCUGGGAAUGAGGGUGAUCCCCCUAGGAUCUCCUUGUGUGCAUUAAGUGGUAUCCAAGGGGCACAAACUAUUCAUGUGACUGGUUAUAGCAAUAAGAGACCAUUGCAAAUUCUCUUAAAUGGGGGAAGUACUCACAAUUUUAUAGAUUGUGAGUCUGCUAAAAGGUUAGGGUAUCACAUUGUACCCACUAAAGUUGGGUAUGUCAGCCUUGGGAAUAACUCUAUGGAGGCUACUUCCGGGGUGGUGAGGAAUUUUCAGUGGUUAUUGCAGGGUACUGCCUAUACUUCUGAUCUUAUUGUGUUUCCAGUUGGCAGGUAUGAUCUAGUAUUGGGUGCAUUAUGGAUGAAGACAUUGGGGCCAGUUACUAUGGAUUACACAGCCUUGACUAUGUCAUUUACUUAUCAGGGCAAGUUCCAUCUUCUCAAAGGGGUGUCUGAUGAGUGUAAGCUCUCAAGUACUAAAGCUGUCAACAAGAUGAAGGGGGAUAAUGUCCAACUUUUCAUGUUGCAAGAUUCUCAAACUCCUGCUAUCAUUAGGGAACUUUUAUUCCAGUACCAUGAUGUUUUUGCAGAACCCACUACCUUGCCUCCUUCAAGGGGUGCUUUUGAUCAUAGCAUUCCUUUGAUACCUGGGACAAAACCAAUCAAUAUUCGACCUUACAGAUAUUCUUCCAUGAAAAAAGAUAUCAUUGAACAACUGAUUAAAGACAUGUUGCAACAAGGUGUGAUUCAAUAUAGAAACAGUCCAUUUGCAUCACUUGUGGUGUUAGUAGGAAAGAAGGAUGGGUCGUGGAGACUUUGUGUGGACUACAGGGAGUUAAACCAGUGUACUGUUAAGGACAAGUUCCCUAUUCCCAUCAUAGAUGACUUGUUGGAUGAACUAGCAGGGGCAGUGAUUUUUUCAAUAAUUGACCUUCGAUCAGGUUACCACCAAAUAAGAAUGGUGAUAGAGGACAUUCCUAAAACUGCCUUUAAGACCCAUCUAGGACACUAUGAAUAUUUAGUUAUGCCCUUUGGCUUAACUAAUGCUCCUUCUACCUUCCAGUGUCUCAUGAACCAUUUAUUCCAACACUUUAUCAGAAAAUUUGUCUUGGUUUUCUUUGAUGAUAUCCUUGUUUAUAGCAGGAAUUUGCAGGAUCAUGUAAUACACUUGCAGCAAGUGUUUGAGGUUAUGGUGCAAAACAGCUUACUAGCUAAGCAAUCUAAAUGUGUCUUUGGUGUUUCUAAAGUGGAAUACUUAGGUCAUUUCAUUUCUAAUGAAGGAGUAGCUACAGAUGCUAAGAAAAUAGCUGCUGUUCAACACUGGAAGUUUAUCAAAGGGUAUGGCCUUAUCAGUCGUUCUCUUACUGAGUUACUCAAGAAGGACAACUUCUAUUCGUCUGAUAGUGCUGCUCAAGCCUUCUCUGCACUCAAAUUAGCUUUAACCACUGCUCCUUUCCUAACUCUACCUAAUUAUUCUGCUCCCUUUGUAGUUGAAACUGAUGUCAGUGGAACAGGUAUUGGAGCUGUUCUCAUGCAGCAUGAUCACCCUAUUGCUUUUAUCAGCAAGGGCUUAGCCCCCAGGCAUCUUGCUCUCUUAGUUUAUGAAAGAGAACUUCUUGCUCUAGUCUUUGCUGUCACCAGAUGGUCCAAUUACCUGCUUGGUCAGCAUUUCAUUAUUAAAACUGACCAAAGAGCUUUGAAAUAUUUGUUGGAUCAAAAGCUGCAUACUGACUCCCAAAUGAGGUGGUUAGCUAAAUUGCUUCCUUUUGACUUUGAGAUACAAUACAAAAAGGGUAAGGAAAAUGUGGCUGCUGAUUCACUUUCCAGAGUUGAUGGUGCUGAGCUUAUGUCCUUAAUGGUCUCUUCUGUUCAAGUUGAAUUGUGGCAGGCUAUUACAGCUAAUUGGGCUUCUGAUCCAGAGUUGAUUGCUCUUAUUUAUUCACUCCCACACUCCCCUCAGAAGCACUAUGCUUGGAUUAAUAAUCAGCUAAGGAGAAAGGGCAAAUUGGUUAUAGGACAUGAUGCUAAGUUGAGGAAUCAAAUCCUUACUCUGUGGCAUUCCACUCCUUCUGGAGGGCACUCGCGUAUUGAUGCCACUACAAGGAGGUCAUGGCCUAUUUCUACUGGAAGGGCAUUAGACAAGAUGUCUUGGAAUUCAUUCACAAAUGUACUACAUGCCAGAGAAACAAAAUACACUAAAGUGAUAGGAUAUGUUGAGGUACAACAGCUGAUAUUUCUUGACCCUUCUAGGAGGUAUUUUUUGUUAGAUGGGGAUGAAGGGAUUAGGAAGAUUCAAGCCCUAAUUAAUGAUGGUUUCACUAAUGUACAAUUAUUUGGUGUUGACCUGUUGGAUGAUACUGUAAAUGUUCCUGUAUUUACCCAGUUUACAGCAACAAUAGAUAGUGUACCUGUUGCUGCUUCUGACUGUGAUAGUAGUGAAGGUGAUACAGAUAUUAAAAGUGUUGAUAGUGAUUAUGAUAGUGAUGCCCUAGGUUUAUUUGAGAGGCAGAAGAAGUGUGAGGUAACUGACCAACUUGAUAGGUAUAAAACAUUGGAAAAAGGUAUGACUUUCAAAGAUCUUGCUGAAGCUAAGGAGGUUAUUGGUUAUUAUGCUGUGUCUAAUAAGAGGGGCCUUAAGGUAGAUAAGAGUGAUAAGAGAAGACUUAGAUACAAGUGUCAUAUUGGGUGUCCCUUUAAUAUCUUAUUUCUAAGGAUGGCAAAGAUCAAGGGGUAA